AUGGACACAAAAAUGGAAUCGAAGAAGAAACGGCAGCGACUAAAAGGUAAAGUUCGAAAUGGAGGGAAGCUCGUGGAUGAUGUGGACCAACUCUCACGCAUGCCCGGCCAUUGUCCUGUAGGGAAAUGCUGUGAUAUUAUAUUUCCAUCCAAUGUUAUGAUGCACAUGCUGCAGAAGCACGCAAACGAUUCGGGCUGCACAAACUCUGAGGUAUAUGACCAUCGGCCGCUGCUGCUGAGCUUUGAUCCGACGAGCAUGGAGUACGGAGAAAAUUAUUGCGUGGCCAGCCUCAUGUAUGGAGGAAUGGAGGGCAAGCCAGCAACGCAGCCGGGUCUACAGAACCUGAGCCUACCAAAUUCGUCUCUGAUAAACAAUCAGCACAUGUAUGAUAAUUAUUUGCCCCUAAUGAUGAUGGCUUGCCGAAGUACUUGGUUUGCGGAAAUCAAAGACAAACAGCUCGAACACGAACUGGCCUCCAUGAAUGCCGGCAAGGCCGGCCUCUAUGUAUUUUGGCUGGUGGCGCCCAUCACAACUCGCAAGCUGUAUUAUACACUAACCAUUUACGAUCGCCAAUACGUUAGUUCGCGGAGUGCGGUGCGCGUUGUGCGCGACUAUACACACUUCCAGAAUCCCAGUGAUUUUCUGCCUCACGAUGAAAACUAUAUGUUGUUGCGUGACUCCGAGGUCGUUGAGCUAAUGAGCAUUGGCAAAAAAUCUGGCAAAAAACAAACGGACCAAAAGCCCGGCAUACCAAUGGAAUUGAUAGUUUACCAAGCCCCGCUAAGGCCAAAGACGCCUCGCGGCAGUCAUAAAGAUUUGCAGGUGGCACUAAAACAUGCCCAAGACUUAUAUACCAGGUAUAUAUUGCCACGCACCAAAGGUUCUGUCAAACGCGGUAUUUCGGGCAGGCUGCUGCUCACGAGAAAGCCACGGUCCAAGGCAACUGGACAGUGUCCACGGUCCUUUCAUUAA